ACUGAGUGCAGUGUCUGCAGUAGAGAAUAACAACCAGAGGGACACGCCUACUGCUGCUAGUGAGAGGUGGAGGAAGAGAGGGAAGCAUGUAUUCACGAGUGGGGAGUACCAGUGUGUGUUUAUUGACUAAUGGAGGGAGACACAACAUCCUAACCAGGAGACUACGGGAGGCCAGUAGAGACUGGAGUAAGAGGAAUAAAUAUACCAACAAUAAGUCCAGAUUUAUUGAUUGGAAGAGGCUCAAAGUGACAGGUGGUAGUGGAGGGACCGGCUGUAUCUGUUUCAGAAAAGAGGCUCAUGUAGAAUUCGGAGGUCCCAGUGGAGGUAAUGGAGGAGAUGGUGGGAGUGUAGGGUUCAUGGCUAGCAGUAGAGUGAAGACACUGAGGGACGUUAGACAUCAUUAUAAAGGAGAGAGAGGAGGGGACGGGAAGAACUGGGACUGCCAUGGGAAGAAUGGAGCCGAUAAAAUAAUAAAAGUUCCUGUUGGUACUGUUAUCAGUUCCAAUGGUGAAGUCCUUUAUGAUCUAAUGUCUGAUGGUGAUACCUAUACAGCUGCUAGAGGAGGAGUGGGCGGGGCUGGUAACACCUCUUAUGCCACGCCUACUAAUACAGUCCCAUACCAGUACACUGAAGGUACUGAUGGAGAUGAACUGAUCAUUGAACUGGAAUUAAAGACAAUAGCUGACAUUGGACUGGUAGGGUUUCCUAAUGCUGGUAAAUCAACACUCCUUCGUGUGCUGUCUCGAGCUAAACCCAAAGUUGCUGACUAUGCAUUCACAACCCUCAACCCUCACAUUGGGAUAAUGGACUGGAACCAGUAUGAGGAACAGAUAGCCAUUGCUGAUAUUCCUGGGUUGUUACCAGGUGCUCAUCGUAACUACGGACUAGGCCACGCCUUCCUCCGACACAUUGAGAGGUGCAGUAUACUAGUCAUUGUACUCAAUAUAAGAGAGAGAGAACCAGGAGAGACUGACAACCAUUUACAAUCACAAAACAAUGAAGAAGAAGGAAGACUUGAAGGAGCUUGUACUAAUGUAGAAAGAAGUGAGUUAGAAACUGCAACAACUACUGAACCAGUUAAUAGCAGUCAUAACUCACCCUCACUGUAUGGUAAAGGGAAGCUGAAUGCUAAUGAAGUAUUACCAUUGACAGCUCAGUAUCAGAUACUGCAGGAUGAACUAGAGCUGUAUAAAGAAGGACUAGUGGAUAAAGUGAAGCUGGUAGUUAUCAAUAAGGUUGACCUGGAGGGAGGGGAGGAGAGUGUACUGGAGUUUAUUAAUGAUAGUCCAGGACUGGGUCUACCUCUGGUACCAGUAUCAGGAAUGAAGGAAUGGAAUAUACAGGAACUGAAGGAAGCAUUAUAUACACUGUACAAUAAUAAUUAUUAUGAUAAUAGUCAAUCUUUAGCUAAUGAUGCAUAAGGUAUACUAAUUAUGUGAUUUAUAAA